GAAGGCGAGAGAGCAGGUCCUGUGAACUCAGCAGCUUCCCUGAACUAAUAGCACUUGAAAGAGGGAAAGGAAUGGAGGAGACCAGCAAGGAGGACUAUAAAAUAUAUUCAUUUGAUUCAGAGGUUCAGCAGUUACUGAAAACAGCACUCAAAGAUCCCAGCAGCGUUCAUCUGGAGAAAGUGGCCAAUAUAAUUGUGGACCAGUCCUUAAAAGAUUGUGUGUUCAGUAAAGAGGCCGGGCGCAUCUGUUAUGCCAUCACUCAGGUGGAAAACAAACAAACAGGCCAAAGUGUCUUCCGGCGGUGCCUUCUCAACCGACUGCAGCAAGAAUAUAAGGACCGUGAUGAAUUGCGAGCCCAUUCCCUCCAAGCCUGGAUCUGCUAUGUCACUUUUAUCUGUAACAUCUUUGACUACCUGAGGGUCAACAAUAUGCCCAUGAUGGCAUUGGUGAAUCCUGUUUAUGACUGCCUCUUCCGAUUGGCACAGCCUGAUAGUCUGCAGAAAGAGGAAGAAGUGGAUUGCCUGGUCCUGCAGCUGCACCGCAUUGGUGAGCAGCUUGAAAAGAUGAACAGUCAGAGGAUGGAUGAGCUCUUUUCCCUUCUGCGUGAUGGAUUCCUUCUGCAGGAGGGUCUCAGCUCCCUGUCCCAAUUGCUACUCCUGGAGAUCAUUGAGUUCCGGGCCACUGAUUGGAAAAUGACAGAAGCAGCCCAGAAGUAUUAUUACAGUGAGGUCACUGACUGAAUACUCGAACCACCAGCAAAGCCUGCAUUUGCACCAUUUUCACCAGCAAACUUUACACCAAAGCUGCAACUUGUUGAACAUUUUUUGCUCCUAACCCUUUUGUUAUAGAACAUAUCCCCUGCUCCUUUGUGCCAGGGAACUGCUGCCUAAAACUGAGGAGCUGAGAGAUACUUGGCCACUGCUGCUCCUGUUGUAUUGCACUAAAUACUGACUUAUGUUAUGUCCUUUUUGCAGGCUAGGCUGGCAUUUUACACAGGGAGGUUUUCUCUCCCUUACCUUCAAUUUAGCAACAUCAAUGGCAGGUUUCAAAAAAACUAGCGUAGGAAUGAUUUUACAUACACUGCAAAGAAAUAUCAACUCUUUCUGGCCUGUACUGGUAAGGUUUUGUUUCGCUUAAUAUUUGGUAACUGGCCUCAGUUUACCCUUUUUUGAAAAAGGAAAAUAAUUCUGUGAUCAAAGCUCAAGCGUCAUUUGCUUCUUUGUAGCCAAGCUUUCUCCAAUAAAACUAUUAAUCAUUCUGGAAUCCAAGUAGUGCCUAGAAUAGACUAGUCUGAAAUUACAAUGUUUCUUUUCUCUCUAACUAUACUAUAGGAAACUAGCCUGACAGGGAGAUUUUGCAUAAUAAGGGAGAUUUUGAUGGACAAUCUUAUCACUGCCAAGCACCAUAUAAAAUGGCAUAAUCCAAGAAGGGCUACAUUGAUGCAAAAUCCAUCACAAUAAAAACGAUUAUCUUAUAUUAAAAAAAGGAUAAGAAAGGAGACAGUUUUACUCUCCUUUUUUCAUCUCCCCCUUAAGCAAAACAGCCCUGGUAAUUAAACAUGUAAUUUAGAUUCCUUAAAGGCUACAGAGUUCUUUCCUUGAAUAAAGGAUCAAAUCUUUUUAUUAAUGUGGUGGUUUUCUUCAACACAAUGCCUUCCAGAUGUGGACUUUAGCCUUAUGGAAGUUCAAAUCCAAAGUAUAUGGUGGGCACCAACAGCACUUUUUUUUUUUAAAGGAGGCUAUUAUUGAGUACUUUGAUCUUUCUCCAAGUAUAGGAAAAUGCUAUGCAAAUAUUUUCCACUUGCAGCUUGCAGCUUUUUUCCAAGCUAGAUUAGAUUUUAGCUAAAGGUAGCAUCUUCUGCCUCCAGGACAUGCAAAGCAACACUUUUCCAAAGCCACAGUAGAAUUAGCCUUUUUGGGGAGUAGGUAACAAUUCAUUUUACAACAUUUUUCUCCCACAAUACUUUAAACCAAUGUACUGUAAAUUUCUCUUAAGAGACUUGGUUCUGUUUGGAACUUUUAUAAACUAUUUUACA